UGAAAACUGAAAAAACCGUCGGAGGCUUACUACAACAGCAAUGGAGGGAGAGAUGGAGACGGCGCCGACGACGGAGAGGACGAAACGAAAUGCCGUUUUCAUGGCUUUCGGUACCAAAGGCGACGUCUACCCUGUCGCUGCCAUUGCUGCAGCUUUCGCUGCUGACGAGAACGGUUACGACGUCGUUUUCAUCACUCAUUCAGCACAUGAGAAUCUAAUUUCUCAUCUAGAAAAAAAGAAUGUUGUCUAUCUUCUGAUUUCAUCGCCACCGGUUCUUUCUGGUAACGGAACCGAUGAUAAGACAGGCUCACAGGGAAUAGAAUUUUCGGAGCAGAAAAGGAUUAUUAGAAAAGAACACAGACGAGAAUGCUACUCGGCGGUGGAAAGGAUUUUCGGGGAUGGUCCAAGCUUGGAGGGUGAUUUUAUUGCGAUAAAUUUCUUCGCUUUGGAAGGGUGGAGCCUUGCAGAACUUUUUCGUGUGCCUUGUGUUGUUGUUGCUCCUUAUGUUGUUCCUUAUAGUGCACCUUCAUCCUUUGAGCGUCACUUCAGAAAAGAACUUCCUCUUUUGUAUAAAUAUCUUCAGGAAGCUCCCACUGACAAGGUUUGUUGGAAAGAUGUAAUUCAUUGGAUGUGGCCACUUUUUAGUGAAAAUUGGGAGUCAUGGAGAAGUGAAGAUUUGAACCUGAGUCCUUAUCCUUUUACAGAUCCAGUAACAGGUCUUCCUACUUGGCAUGAUAGGCCACCAUCUCCCCUACUAUUGUAUGGGUUUAGCAAAGAAAUUGUUGAGUGCCCUGAUUAUUGGCCAUCAAAUACCCGGGUUUGUGGCUUUUGGUUUCUCCCUAUCGAGUGGCAGUUUUCCUGCAAGGAAUGUGGAGAAAUAUCAACACUGCUUUCCUCAGGGCAUCUGACCACAGAUGACAUGUGUUCAGUUCAUUCUGAGUUACGAUUUUUUCUAAGGACUCCUUUCUCAUCACCACCUAUUUUUAUAGGGCUGAGUUCUAUUGGAAGCAUGGGAUUUAUAAGGAAUCCUCAAGCAUUUGUACGUAUUAUACAAACUGUUCUGGAGACUACAUGUUACAGAUUUAUCCUUUUUACAGCUGGCUAUGAACCAUUAGAAUCAGCAGUUCAGGAAGUUGCCUGUGAAGCAUCUUCUUUUUCAAACCAAAGACAGUUGAUUCAAAAUGGGAUAUCUCUUUUUGACAGCCGGCUCUUUUGCUUUUCAGGUAUGAUACCAUACAAUUGGCUGUUCCCAAGAUGUCUAGCUGCAAUUCAUCAUGGAGGGAGUGGAUCCACUGCUGCAGCACUAUAUGCUGGUGUCCCUCAGAUACUAUGUCCAUUUAUGCUGGAUCAAUUCUACUGGGCAGAAAAAAUGUUUUGGCUUGGAGUUGCUCCAGAACCACUGAGAAGAAACCAUCUGGUUCCAGAAAAUGAUAGUGACACAAGCAUCAGGGUUGCUGCAAAAGUACUGUCACAAGCAAUAGAUGAUGCAUUAUCUCCUAGAGUUAAAGCACGUGCAUUAGAAAUUGGAAAAAGGAUUUCUCUUGAGGAUGGAGUUUCAAAAGCUGUGAAGAUCCUCAAGGAAGAGAUUGGUAAUACAAUAUGGGAUAAUUAAGUCAGAAUGACGCACAAUGUGACAAAGAGGAGCCAAAACAAAGUGAGGAAAACCCGAGUCAACUAAAGAGAGAACAAUCCCAUGCGCUGAAGUUAAUGUGUCCCAAUAUCGUAACAGACAAGAGGAUUCUACGCCUAGCCUUUCGCAUUCUAACGUGUCCUUUGGAGCAGACAAUCAUGCUGACGAUUUCAGAGAUGUACUCCCUCGACAUAAUAUCCAAUCUCAACUGUAAGAAAAGUAAACUCUUCUUCUUAUCAAUUGAACCAGCCCGUAUGGAUGGCUAUCGCUAACAUUUUUCCUAGACAAUAAUGCUUUGCUUGUCUUAGAUUCAAUGAUUUUUAAUAUAUCAAUGAAGUUGAAAAAUUCUUGACCUUU